GAGGAACUUAUGUGGCAUUGUAAAUAAGAACUUAUGUGGCACCGUGAAUUAGAAGAGGUAGGGACAUAAAUUUAAGUCGAACAGUGAGGCACAAAGUUUCAAGCUAUCUAAUGAGUGAGCAGGACUUUCACUGUUCUGUUGACAGAAGAACUAGCAGCAUGCUGACCACUUUUAUCCUUUUUUCGCUGCAGCUACUAAACAGGACAUCUCAGUUGUGAAGGUACAUUUUGGCAAUUAUAUUUUGGAAGGCAAAUUCCUCUAGGCAUGGCCAAGAAACAAAAGUGAAAGGUGGGGUCUAUCUUUGUAGAUCGUAACUUUUCAAGGAAAGCUAGGUCUAGUGGAGUGCUAACACAAUGGAAAGUCCUGAGUAUUGUGAGAUAAACUCAAAUAUGACUCUCGACUACAUAAACCAACUGUUAAUGGAUGAGGGCACUGAUGAGAAGGACAGCAUAUACCAACAAUUUGAUGCACUUCAGGCCAUAGAGAAGCCAUUUUAUGAUAUUCUUGGACAGACAUAUCCAUCCUCACCUAAGGAGACAAUGAUCAGUGGAGAUACCGAAGUAGAUUGUCCCCAAGACAAUUAUAGUAAACAGGCACGCAGUGGUUGUUUUGUCAAUGACGUUUUAGGACCACAAGGUACGCACCUGGUAACUCAUGAUUGGACUUCUGAAUGUGACCGUUUGUCUUUGCAAUUUGAGAGAGGUGCUGAGGAAGCAAAUAAGUUAGUUCCCAGUAUUGUGAAAUUGGUUGAUCUGGACAGUAAUGGGCUUUCUGAUUCCAAUCAAAUGAUAGAAGCAACAAUUGGACAAAAGGGCAAGCAUGUAAGCAAAAUACGAAGCCAUGUGGACUUGGAGUUUUUGGAAGCAAGGAACAGUAAGCAUUUGGCCAUCUCGGCUAGUGAAACAACCCGGGAUGAAAUGUUUGACAGUGUUCUGCUCUGUGAUUGGCAGUUUAAUUGUGAUGCUGCUCAUCUUAGAGAAAUCAAGGAAAAACAAGCAAACAACAGUUCGCAGAAUGUUUGGAGAAAAGGAUAUGGUCAAGGGCAAGUGAAGUUGCGAGUUAAGAAAGAGGAGGGGAUUGACCUCAGGGCUCAUCUCAUGCAGUGUGCACAAGCAAUCGUAGUAAACAACCUUCCAUUUGCCAGUGACCUACUGGAGAAGAUAAGGUGUCACGCUUCACCAUAUGGAGAUGGCUCUCAGAGGCUGGCACUUUACCUUGCAAAUGGUCUUGAUGCACGCUUGGCCGGAACAGGGAGUCAUGUGUAUCAGAAACUGAUGGAGAAACGAACAAGGGCCACAGACAUGUUAAAGGCCUACCGCCUUUUCAUUGCAGUGUGCCCUUUCUCUAAGGUAGCAUACUACUUCUCCAACCAAACAAUUGUAGACCUAUCAAACGGACGACCAAAGGUGCAUAUCAUUGAUUUUGGCAUCACACUAGGCUUUCAGUGGCCAUCACUAAUCCAGCGCUUUGCGAAGCGAGAAGGUGGGCCCCCUAAGCUUCGUAUCACAGGCAUAGAUGCACCUCAGCCAGGUUUUCGCCCCCGUGCAAUAAUUGAGGCGACAGGAAAACGGUUGGCUGAGUAUGCAGAAAUGUUCAAUGUACCUUUUGAGUACCAAGGUAUCGCCUCACAAUGGGAAGAUAUCUGCAUCGAGAAUCUCAAUAUUGACAAUGAUGAGGUGCUUAUAGUCAACUGCAUGUACCGAACAAAAUAUCUUGGCGAUGAGACAGAAGACAUAGAUAGUGCAAGGGAUAGGGUACUGCGUACCAUGAAGAGGAUCAACCCAGAGGUUCUCAUUCUUGGCGUUCUAAAUGGGCUCUACAGCUCCCCAUUCUUCCUGCCACGAUUCAGAGAGGUUUUGUUCCAUUAUUCUGCGCUGUUUGACAUGCUCGAUGCAACUGCUCUCCGGAGUCAUGAAGAUAGGAUACAGCUAGAGAGGGAUCUGUUUGGGCCAGAAGCACUUAAUGUUGUAGCGUGUGAGGGUGCAGAAAGGAUCGAGAGGCCAGAGACUUACAAACAAUGGCAAGUGAGAUGUCUCAAGGCUGGGUUCAAGCAACUUCCUGUUGAUAAAGCAAUCCUGAAGAGAUCAAUAGACGAAAAAAACAAGCAUUAUCAUGAAGGCUUUGUCAUUGACGAAGAUAGCAGAUGGCUGCUACAAGGAUGGAAGGGGAGGAUAAUGCAUGCGGUAUCCUCAUGGAAACCAAAAGAAUCGUACACUAAUCAGUAAGAUCCAAGUAGAUCUUUGUGAGAAAGCCAGCUAAAUUUGUAAUGAUGGUGUGAGGACCUUUAGGCAAUUUUCAGAAGAAUGCUUAAGUUUCGCAAAUUACUUCUCAUGUUUGUGGAUAUUAGAGACAAUCUUGGAUAAAGACACACUGAAAUUUUGGCUUUUACAUAUCGUCUAGUCUAGACUCUCAUUUGAACAACUGUACUGCCACAUUAAACAAGGCAUAAAUGAAUUUUGGG